UAUUGCUUGUAUUGUGUAUCUGUGUGUGUAUUCAGACCACUUCAGUGCCUGGUCAGCUGACCAAGGAAAUUUUAGUUAUUGUUUUUACUUCCUUCUUUCAUAUUUAAAUAAGAUACAAUUUUAGUGAUUAUUAUUUUAUUGUGUACUUGUUAAUUCUCAAUAAGAAUCGAAAUGGCACAAACAAGUUCUGUUCCCGCAAAAGAGCGUUACAUACCUAACGCACUUAAAUUCGCUUUCGGUGGCCUUGCUGGCAUGUCAGCGACAUGCGUAGUCCAACCAUUGGAUCUCAUAAAGACGAGGAUGCAGCUGAGUGGCGGCGGCCGUUCCUCAUUUACCGUCGCUGGCGAGAUUGUAGCUCGCGAGGGCUUCUUCUCUUUGUAUACUGGGCUGUCAGCUGGCCUCCUCCGACAGGCUACCUAUACAACAUCGCGUCUCGGAGUGUACAACUGGCUCUUUGAUAUGUAUAAAGAACAAAACGCCGGCGCCACCCCGAGCUUUGGUACGAAAACGCUACUAGGUGUCGCCGCCGGCGGCACGGGAGCGUUCGUCGGAACGCCGGCCGAGGUAGCCCUAAUCAGGAUGACGGCGGACGGCAGGCUGCCAGUAGAACAGAGGAGAAACUACAAGAACGUAGUCGACGCUUUGGUCAGAAUAGUGAAGGAGGAGGGUACAGUGAAAUUAUGGCGCGGCGCGACGCCCACAGUCGGCCGAGCGAUGGUCGUGAACGCGGCACAACUCGGCACGUACUCACAGGCCAGGGAGAUCUUCCUAGGUUACAUAUCUGAGGGCAUCUUCCUCCACUUCUGCGCGUCAAUGGUGUCCGGUCUCAUCACGACCAUCGCCUCCAUGCCAGUCGAUAUCAUCAAAACGAAAAUUCAAAACGCCGCGAAAGGUGAGAGCCAACUAUCAGUAGUGACGAACCUACUCCGCACUGAAGGCGUGUUCUCGCUAUGGAAAGGAUUCCUGCCCUACUACGCCCGGCUCGGACCCCACACAGUACUCACAUUCAUAGCACUCGAACAAAUGAACGCCGCGUACUUCAAGUAUACGUAAGAACAAUGUAUUGUAAUAAAAAAAUAGUUACCUAGGUAUGACGUUGGUGAUGAAUGACAAAUUUCACUUUGAGAGUGACGUUUGUCAGCGUGACAAAAUUUGUUAUUAUUAUUCUUUACGUAAUAUGGUAACAUGUUUAGUACAAAUAUUUAUUAUAUAAAUAAUUUCGACGAAAAAUGUCAAAGUUGUUGCCUUAUCUUUUUUAUCGAAAUAGUAAUUUAAAAUGAGAUAAAAGUUAUUUUCUAUUGUGAUGUAUAUACAUAAUCGGUUACACAAAAAGUUGUAUAUGCUAGCAAUUCGAUUAUUUUAUAACACAUAACAAAAUAUAAAUUCCCAUAGAAUUAAUAAUAGUAAAAUUUAAGAGGAUUCUUUUAUCUGUACGUCGAUUUUGUCACUCUCAUUUAUUCUGUAGAAAUUUAUAUUUGUCGUGAUGAUAUUGAUAGAAUUGUCACGCUGACAAAUAUCACUCAUGCUAGCUCUUAUAUCUUAUAUAAUUUAUUUGUUAAAAAAAAAGAACAUCCCUAUAUGACUUUGGGCAUCAUCGUGUCAUAGACAGAUAGAUAACCUCAUACCUAUAUAAUUAUUUUCUAAUAUUUGCUGUUAAUGGUGACAUUUAUAUAUUAUAUAAUGAAUUAAGUGACACUUAAUAAACAUAUUUUCAAUUAUUACCAAUAUAUACAGAGUGAAAUGAAGAUCAGUAAUGCUAUUGAUGCCUUUUAAUAUUCUAACAGUAAAAUUAAUAAUUUUCAAAGAUGUUUUUUUUUGUCAAAAACGACAAAAUAUAAGAGUUAAUUUUUUUUUUUAAAUUUGACUCUUAUAUUUUGUAUUCUUAUUUCUCUUAUAUUCUUAUAUAAAUGACUCAUAAUUCUUUAGGAAAAAUUAUUAGUUUUACUAGUAGAACACAUUUUUAGUAGGUUGCUAAUUAUUUCUAUUUUGUUUAGUACAUUUGUACGUACAUUUAUUUGGGUUACCACGAAUUCGACGUAGUCACCAUUUGGUUAUAUAAUAUUUAGUGUAUUAACAUAUAUUAAGAAUAAUACACACGUGUAUUAAUGGAUUUUUUUAUGAAUUUGAUAUUAAAUUAGUCAUUGAUAACAGUGGAACGUGAUUUUUUGCUCACAAUUUUUUUUGUAUGAAAUUAUAAUGGAAUGAUAACCCGCCGCCUGCGCAUAACUCUAAUAAAAAAAUGGGUAUAAACUGUCGUGGCACUGGCGGGCUACCAGUGAGAAGUGAUACGUGAGACCCAAAUAAAAAAAAAAUUUGACGUCAGAAUAAAAGCAACUGGCCCAACGUAAUGAAUUUACUAGGCAUUAACUACGAUGGUUUGUAGAGGGGACCUCAUGGUAGUCGACCUGACAGGGUAUAUUGCUAGAAAUAGGGCCACUGUAUUAUUAGUAAUGCUGAUAAUCCCCUCCCCUUAAUAAAAGGUUAGUUUAUGGUGAUAUCUGUGUCAUAAACUUUAAUAUCUAAUUCGGAAAUUAUUAAAUUUUAUUGCCCUAAUUGAUAGACAGGAAUUUAAUAAAUUUAAUAUUUUUUUUUAAAUUUAUGUUUAUUUUUUAUUCGAUGUCUAUAUACAUAUGUAACGGGAAAUUUAUGAACUCACUGUGUUUUUGUCUUUUCCAACAAUUGUUUCGACGUCAUCCGGAAGUCUUCUUAAGGGGAUGUACGGCGUUUUGCAUCACAGCGUCUCGUCUCGCACGAAAUGAACAUGAGUUUUUAAAAAGAUAUUAAUUUUAAGAUGUUAGUAUUGGAAUAAGGAUUUUACUGAAAGACAGUGAUUUCAUUAAUUUCCCGUGACUAAUGUAUAAAGACAUCGAAUUUAAUAUUUUACCGAUUUACGAUAUUGGUCCGGUAAAAUCCGGUAAAAAAAGACUUUCGAAUAAAGUCGUAAACUUUAUUCGAUAGUCCUUUUUUAUAAUUUCAUAAAGGAAAUAUUGGAUUGAUAAGGCUUUUGUUUUUGUUUCUGUACACAAAAAGGCUGCAAUGUUAUCGGAAAAUGUCUUGGGAAUAUGUUUUUCAGUUAUUUUCUGAAUGUGUAACUUUAAAGAAUCAUUAAGAAAAACUUUAUCGAGUAAUUUAUGGAAGGUAUAAUUGAUUUAUUUAGAUUAAAUUAUAUUGUACUGUCUUUUAUAUAAUUUUACAAAGCUGUUAUAAAAUUUAUUUAUUUUAUAUAUACUUAAUAAAGUGUACACACUGAAAAUACAUAAAAAUAUGACAGAAAUAAAGUAAAUGUACAAAGGCUUAACUCUAAAAUAGUACUCUUCCAGCAAACCCAAAGUGGUAAGGGGCAUCAAUGUCAUAAUUUUGUAUUAUUACACAAUUUUAUAAAAUUCUGCAGAAUUCGUAACCCGUCGUAACCCAAUAUAUACUUAUAAUAUAUAUUUGCUUGUGAUACAUAUAUUUUUAAAGUGUCACCAAGUCACUAGAUAUUAUAAAUUAUAAUAACGCACAGUAUGGCUGAAAAAAAAACUACAAAUACAGAGCUAAACGCUUCUUUACAUAUAAUAUUAUUAGUAACAUUUAUUAAACAUGACAUAUAAUUGUAGUUUACUAUUAGAUUAAGCGUUUAAAAGAAAGAUAAUUGAAAACAAACAUGAGAGAUAAUUAUAAAAAAAAAAAUAUAGCAUACCAUAGUGUCGGAAGCAUUUUUUUUUUAAUUAUUAAAUACAAUGUGUUCAGAAUGAACUGCGUACACGCAUCUAAUAUGAAUUAGUUUUUAUUUCAACACAUUUUUCUUACGGAAAUUAAUUGAGAUAAGGGUAGGUAGAUGAUGAUGAUGAAUUUUUUUUUCCUUUAUAAAAAAAUUAUAGAGUGAUAACCGUACAGGUGAUUCUUAAUUAUCGAGUGCUUUUAUAUUUUGCUAUAUUUAAGUUGAAAAAAAAAAAAUGUCACCCAGCCAUACCUCAUCAUCUCAUUUCUCAGCCAUUAUCAACUAUGCCUACCCACUAUUUAACCCUUUGAGUGCCAACGAGCGCCAUCGCGCUCGUGAAAUCAGUCGCUGUUUAGCUUGCUGUAAAAAAAAAUAUUAAAAUUGGAUAAUUUUUGGAGGAGAUACAGUUUUUUUAGAGACGAGGGAAAAUGACAUCAACACGACAAAGAUUUCUUUGGCAUUUUUAAGUAGAUAUGAGUAAAAAUCAAUGGCACUAAAAGGGUUAACGAGAAAGAAAAUAGGUGGAAAAAAUAUGAAAUAACCAUGAAAUUUAUUUAACUAAAUUUAAUUAAUGAAUAUUAUUGUUAUAUUUUUUCUUUUACUUUCAGAUAUAUUAACCUAUUUUUAGAAAUUAUAUCAUUUGUUAUUGAUUUUCUGUAUGUUUUUAAAAGUCGCAAUUGUAAAUGGAAAAUGUAAAGCGACAUAGUGCCAAAAUUAUUUUUUUUUUUCAAAUAUUAAGUCGAUAAAAUAUAAACGAAACCUUUUUUCGUGUAUUUUAUGAUGUUUAUUUUAAUCUAUAUAUUUGCUUGAAGUAAUUCCACGUAAAAAAAAUUAUUUAUGCUUAAUGUAAAAGAGUUGUUUAUUUUUAUAUUAUGUUUUUAUUAUCUUUUUUUGUGUCGGAAAAUACACGAAUGGAUAUCGACCACUGUAACUGUAUAAAAUAUACAAUUUUUCAUGAAUUUACUAUGUUACAUACUUAGAUUAGGACCACAGAACAGAAAAAAGGGUAACCUACAAUUCUAUCUCUCUUACGCAUAAAAGCAGGCAUCGUUCUAUUAACCUAUUUUACCUAUUAAAUUAGCUUUUUCUUUUACACAAAAUUCUCAUUUUUCCAAAUUAAUCAAAGAGGUUUGUAGAACGUUUUAGAUUUUAUAAAUACGAAGGUAUGUCUUUAGCGCGAAUUUUAACCGACUUAUUACGUAGUUUUUUUUUUAAUGUUUUUUUUUUCAACGCAAGUGCAUACUACAACUACGACACAUACACAUUCUUGUCACACACAAUUUCACUGAACACAUAAAUUAUUGUUUCUCUAAAACUAUGAGCUCGCUUGUAAUUUUUGUUUUUGUAUCUAUUAUUUCUUUGUUUCACAUUAUUUGUUCCACUAAAAAUGUAAUACAACAACAUAUGGAAGUGUGUACUAACUCCUGAAACACAAGCUUUUUCAUACCUACCUGGGGAGUUGGGGACUUCAAACUAUAUUGUAACAUAGAGUGAAAUAAGGAUUUAUUAUUAUUAUACUGAUUUGCAUUUUCUAUAAAUAUUAAUGAAUGCUUAGAAAAAAAGAUGGAACCUGGUGGAAAAUUUGUGAUGUAAAUUGAAACACGUCUAAGGAAAAAAUGACUAGUAAUAAAAAUUUCUCUAGUCUUUUUUCUGUUCUACAUAAAGGCCCUUGAUUGAGUACUAAUCCUUGUUAAAGAUCGCAAAAUCAUCAAUUUCUUUAGUGUUUAGUCAUUAGACCUUGUCCAAAUAGGAUUAAUUUACUGCGUAUCACGUCGCGGUUUUAUAUGCGUAGUUACGUUGCGUUCCACAGGAGCCCUCAAGGGCAACCAAGGUAUUCUAAUUUGGCAACCAUAAAGAUAUAAAUAUAUUUCAAUUUAUAUGAAAAGUAAAGGUGUCACUGCCAAGUUAAUUUUACUACUUACAUGAUAUAACAAAAGAUAUUUAUGUAAUGUUUUCCUUAAACUCUCAAAAAUGUCAUCAGUAAUGUAGUAAGUAAAUUGUCCUCUAAUGUUUACAACGAUCCAUUUCAUGUAUAAAUAAACUUAUGUAAGAAUUCCAAUAUAACUGCAGGCAAAUAAACUGUAAGUCUAUUUUAGUGUUCAAAAUUACCAGACAAACUACAGAGUUUUUUUUUUAUAUUGGAAGUGAAUUCACCACUUUAAAUAAAGAACUAAUAUUUAACAGGCGUUAAUUUCAAAAUGUAGCCGAUAGUUAUGCUCGAAUUGUAUGCAGUAGGUUCUAGUCUAGACGGGUAAAUGCCCGUAGCGGCAAAAUUAAGGUUUGCUGACCGUAAGGACACCCAACUUUAAAAGGGCGGCAAAUAUUUUGCCCGGAACGGCAAAAUUGCUAUCGAAGGUAUGCAACGAUGUCUGCCGAUGCUUAACAAGGUCUUUAAGAUCAAGUAGCUUUGUCCAUUAUAAUACUUUAUUUUUGCCCGUUACGGCAAAAUUUGUAUCUAGCGCUGGGGUGCAAUGACGUUUGUUGAUACUUAACAAGGACGCUUUCUUAAGACCAAGUAACUAAGUCUAUUAUAAUACAUACAGUAUUUAUCCUUUGGCAUUUCUUGACUUUUUUUAACAGUGUGUGUAUGUAACGCGAUAUCUACGCCAAAUGUGGACCGAAUUUAUGUCGAUUCGAAUGAUGUUUUUUGUUCUAAUGGAUUGUCAAAUUGAAAUAGGUUGUGUUGUGCAACAAAAUUAUGUUAUUUUUUUUUUUGCUUUUACGAGAAUUUUGUAUGAAAUAUAUAAUUUACUUAUAAUUUAUAAUUUUAUAAAUAAUUUGUGUAGAUGUAAUGUAUACUGGCUGAAAUUAAAUUUUUUAGUAUCCUUUUAAGAGUGUUAGUGUUAUAAAGUGAUUAAAAUGUGAGAAUUUUAUUAAAAAAAUUAUAAAUAUUGUCAAAAAACAGUUAAACCCCCUGUAAUGGUGUAAUAGAGUCACGGUUGUAGUACUUCCAUAAUUAUGAUUUCAUGUCAUAUAGUCAUUUCACUAUUCAAGGACUUCAGAGGGAGACUUUGUAUAAAAAUCGUUUACUUUGGUACCUUUGUCUUAGUUGUGUUUGCAUGAGUAGGAUAUGACAGCGAAAUUACAGGGUACAGAGUCACAACACCUCAGUCCUCAAGAAUGGCAACACAUGAUUAUCAUGGGCACUAAAGUAUACUCUGUCAUGUCCAUGGUACUGCCCAUGUCUAUAGGCGACGGUUACCACUUUCCAUCAGGUGGGCCGUCAACUUGUUUGCCAUUCUAAGUUGCAUAAAAAAUAUACAUAGAGUGAAUAAAAUACAGCAUUUAAAAGCGGUUUUUGUUCCUAGUUGGUUACCGUUAAUUUGAAUGUUAUUUCUGGACUGUUAAAGAUCGAUAGCAUGGCCCUUUAACAUGACACUGACCUUGACCUUGACUUACUUUCAAGAUGAUAUGAUUAAGUCUGUUUUUUUUUUAAUUUUAAUCCGUGGUCUUUGUGUUCGAUCUUUACCCAAUUCGGCAAGUGUGAUUGUCUUUUUAUAUACAUACGCAUGUAUACAAUGUGAUACCAUCAAGUUAAAAUAUAUAUAUUUUUAUAGGGACAAUUUAUAAAGCUUAUAACUAACGUAAGAUGCUGUUGUAGAUAUGUUAUUAAAGUUUUUGUUUCAAUAA